UCCAAAACUUUCCCCCCAUCACUCCACUGAGUUGCAGUAUCAACCGAGCAAUGGUUCAGUCUUUAGGUGCCAUUUAUUCGCGACAGUGCAUAAGAUAGUGAAAGACUGUAUACAGGAACUGUAAACGAACCAAUAACACAGAAUUGAUGGCUCAGCUUGAUGUACCUUACCGGGCUAUGAAAUGCCAGGCACCAAUUCUUUCCCAGAUGAAGUUGCACCCAGUGCCGACUACCCUUACAUCAUAAAUGAAGUUAAUGCUAAGGAAGAUAGUUGGCAAAAUGUCGUCCAAAAAAGAAUCCCCUUGCUCGAGGAUGCUGACGUCAACACACUUUUCGAAAAAUAUAAAAGCCUCACCAACAGUAAUGAUCCAGAUGUCUCGAAGUUUCUGUACACAAUGCUGAUACAACAUUCUCUUGCUCGACUGGUUUUGAUAAGUCUGAAAUUAAGCCAGGCAAAUAAGAAACUUCUGAAAGAAGCUGUCCAAGUACAGCUAGAGAUAAACAAGUCCAGGGUACUGAAUGACAGAAAAGGUCUAGACUUGACGCAACCCAUCACAGAGAAACCAACUAUCGAACAAAACCAACUUGAGACGAUUUUGAAGAGUAUAGUGGACAGCUUGAAACAUAGAUUGCCUGAGAUGGAACUGGUUGAACAACUCAGAUACAUAAUCCACACCACAGCCAUGGAAUAUAUCUCGUUAAGUUUGGUGGACACGCACAUCUCAAGUUUUCUGUCGCAACUGUUUGGCCUGUUUGAUCAGGGAAGAAUGUACGGUAAAAAUAACUAUUAUUAUGAUGUUAUGAUAGAUUUUCGACCAGCAAAGGAAUCCCUGAUGGAUCCCUAUGUUGAAGGCAAAGAUGGUGCAGACAAUCUGAUGCAGAAAUAUUUCCAGAAUAUUGAUCCUUUUGUCGAUAAUUUCCUCAGACAAGCCCCCAGAAACAAGCAACAAAUACAUUUCCAAAAUCAGUUGCUAGUAAACCAUUGCAUCCUGAGGAAAUUGAUCAAUGAAUUGUCACGCACAGAACAUAAAGACGUCUACUAUGCUGCACUGAAGUUAAAACUGGACAAUUUUAAACGAAAACUGGAUAAAGUGUCAGGAAAAAUUUUCGAAUACACAGUCUAUUACCGGUAUAGUCGUGGUUUCCAAUCUUCACUGACAUCCAUGGUUGAUUUUGAGAAUGAUCCAGUGUUUUCUGGAAUACCAAAAUCAAGAAGCUAUAAACAGAUUAAGGGAUGUGAGGGGGCUGUUGGGAGAGUGUUGGCAAUGUGGAUAUCACAGAAAAUUGUGCUGGCAAUAAUUGAUGAUGCAGACAUGUUCACAGCCAUCAACCAGUGUUUCUCUCACAUAGAAAAAGUGGACUCUGGUGAUGGUAGUUUCUGUAAUGGUUUUGUGGCAGAUGGUAGUUCCAUUUUGGAUAAAAUGGGUUGUAAGGGUUGUUUCAUACCGGUGUUCCAAUAAAUGAAUGAAUAAAUAGAUAAAACCACUUCACUGGCAUGAGUAAUUUUUGAAAAUUAUUGAAAACAAUAUGAAAAAUCACCCUUUAUAUAAUAAAGAUUUUUUCAAAUCAAUUUCAAUUUAUUUUAUUCACGUAUCAUACAAUUUUAACAACACAAUUACAAUUAUAAAAUGAAUAUUAGAACCCACAUAGACUAUUACGUCCGUGUGUGGGAGCAGUUAUUAAGAUUAAUUGUGUUCAAUAAAAAAUAUUGGGCUAUAAGUAUAAGAUACAUACGGUAAAUGAAAUAAAAAUAGAUUAUAUUUAAUAUAUUUUUAGGAUUAAUUAUAUAAAAAAAUCAAUUUGAAUUUGAGAAGGAAGAAAAGAUAGAUCCAUUGGAAGAAAAUUGGACAAUCGGCUUGUAAUAAUACCUAUUUUUAUAAUUUAUUAAUAAUUAUUAUUUUCAUCACACCAGAACAGCCGGAAUCGCUUUUUGCAAAAUGUAUUUGGUAAGAAAAACAGAUUAAAAUUUGAAUUUCAAACAUAAGGUGAUAUGAUUAAAUUCUCUGCAUCCUGCCAUCCAACAUACAUUAACCAUUCAGAAAUUCUGUGCUUUAACACUACAGUUACUCGGCCCGCCCCAGCCUCAACUAUUUCUGGAGGAAGGUUUCUAUACAGCCAUUGCGAAAUGUAAAAUGAAUUGUGCCUUUGCAAACUGAUACUAAUAGUAGGAUUAAAUAAACGUGACAUUGUUUGGUUUCUGGUUAGAUGACUGUGUUGAAUCUCUCUGAAAAAAGUGUCCUUAUUAUUGAAAAUGUAAAUUACUAAAGUUUUUAUGAAAAUCUGCCUA